GUUAAGCAACUUAAAAGCAAUUGUUUUGCGCCAGUGGGAAAUUCACAAGCAACUGUUUAGUUUCAUUUCUACAAUGUUCAUCUACAGACUUGUCUAUAUUGCGCCUCUGAUAUUGGUUUUGAUCGGAAUAGUUAAGGCUCGGCAUCCCUUUGACAUAUUCCAUUGGAAUUCGAAAGAUUUUGAGGAGUGUCUACAUGUUAAUAAUAUUACCAUAGCGGAAUACGAAAAGUACGCGAGGCACGAGACUCUGGAUUAUUUACUAAACGAGAAUGUGGACCUUAGGUACAAGUGUAAUAUCAAAUGCCAGCUGGAAAGGGAUUCCACGAAAUGGUUAAAUGAUGAAGGAAAAAUGGAUCUGGAAUUGAUGGAGACCACCAACAAGGCAGGGGAGUUUAUUACCAAGUGCAUGGAUGAGGCAUCCGAAGAACCUUGUGCGUACAGCUUCAAACUGGUGAUUUGUGCUUUUAAGGCCGGUCAUCCGCGUUCCGUUGAUCGUUAUUAAUCUAUAUAUAUAUAUAUAUAUACGAUAUAUUAAAACAGUGAUUUGAGAUAGUUGACAGUGACAAUCUUACUAAGUUUCAGGAGAAUAUUGAUUUAUUAUUAAGCAAAAAAACCUAUUCAAAAGAGGCUUACAAAUAAUAACCAAUUCUGAUUUUGAGUCUUAGCACCCAAGUUAAUAAUUUAUAAGUGUGAACAAUACGUUUUCACAGAACAUAAAUUAUUUUUGAAUACUUUGUAAAUUAAAUCGAGAAAAUAUACAGAAGAGUAGCUUAUUUCAUAACUAGUUUAUUUCACAACUACUUUCGAUAAUUAGUAUGUAAAAUCUCACGGAAUUGGAGGAGCAAAUUAUAAAGAGAGUAUAAUUAAAUCUACAAGUAUAAUUGUGAAAAA